AAAAGAAAUAUGGCCGCGUCCAGGGGACCCGUGGUGUUAAAGGCGGUCAAGAAAAUAGUUGUACAGUUUUGCCCCUUUGAGUCCAACGUCCGCGCCACACGAGACUUUCUUGUUUUGGUGGGAUCUGAAAAGGCGAGGGCGACUAAUAUGAACUGUGAAGUCAUAACAGAAGUGAAACAUGACCAGUCAGAUCCUGUGAUUGACGUCACAUUCAUGGAUGGAGAAAGGUUAGUGAUGAAAGGAUCCAGACUGACAAGCCAAGAGAUGCUUUCUGCCCUACAGACAUGCUGCAUGGCUAAAGAUCCCCAGGCCAAAACAGGAGGGAAGAAAUAGCUGUACUUUUUGUGUGUCUCUUAUGUUGUGUAGCCCUAUUUAUGUUCUUUUUUCAUUAAAUAAACCUACUGUCUCAAAUCAAA